CACGUGGUACCAAUCCGUCUUUAUAUUUGCUUCCCAGCUGGAACCGGCGUGAGACCAGAUUCUCAGUGCACAGCUGGAUCAGAACAGACACAAUGGCUUUAAAGUUUGAAGCCGUGUGUCCUGAGGGCCUGUGUCCUGGUUGGAAUGUGACUCUGAAGGGUGAACCAAGUCUAGAAGCCAAAAGGUUUGAAAUCAAUUUUGUGCGCGACAGUACUGAAGAAAUAGCAUUCCAUUUUAACCCACGUUUUACUGAGUCAUCACUGGUGUGUAAUUCCUACCUGGCUAACAAGUGGGGUAAGGAGGAACGAGUCACCUCAUGUCCACUUGAGGUUGAGGAGCCAUUCCAGGUUGAUAUUUAUUCUGAUGAGGAAUAUUUUCAUGUCCUGCUUGAUGGGACUGCUGUUUGUCAGUUCAAACAUCGCAUUGAGGAACUCAGUUCUAUCACCAAGAUGCAGGUGCUGCAUGAUGUCAAUGUUUCCUCAGUAGAAUUUACCAAAAAAGCCUUUUGGUAAUUGUCAUGCGAAAGCCAGGAAUGAAGAGAUGCUCAUAUCAAAUAAAUCGAGAUAAGAAAAGUUCGACUUUGGACACUACAGUGUUCAUGAAAAGGAAAAACCUGUUUAUGAACUGUCGAGUCUUAUUGAAAAAUUAUAUCAAAACAAGAUCCGAUUAUGUUGAUCCAUAUACGGCAGUGACCUACUUCAAAAGAUCAAAAACACCAAUGGCUUAUAUGCAUUGUUGACUGAAACCUUACACUUACAUUUACAACUUGUACUAGUAUAACUAAAAUAUCCAUUCAGCAAGCUGAGCUGGAGAGAAAAUAAACUCCUUUUUACAGGUAAAGAAAAUAAAAUGUAACAAGUAGUUAUUAAAAUAAUUAUGAAUUUGAUGACACAUUGAUCAUUAGACAUAUUGUUAAAAUAUUUUCCUUCACACAUAAGGGGCUAGGAACAGUUUCUUAUCAUUAUCUUAAAUACAAUUCUUUACAGUAUAUUGUGUAUAUGAAUCAACAUGUAUCUCAAUGAUAUAAAGGAAUACUUUGGAUUUACUUUUAA